UCUCCUCAAUCUUACAGAAAGGAAAAGGUUGAGGGGUCUUCUUUAGGUCAAGUUGUCAGCAAAGCUUCUUAAUCUCUUUAAUCAAUAUGUUCUGAUGCUUUUUAAUUGAUAGCCUCUAUCAGUAUUACUUUCGCAACAACAAUGUAUUCUUCAUCUGAUGAAAUAUUAGUUCUGGGGACAGAGAGAACCUAACAAGUUCUGUGACAUCCGCAUCACCAGAUUAUAAAAGAUCUGGCUUAUCUGCUAUAUUCUCAUCCCAGUGUGUAGACGGCUGCAACCAUGAGAAUGCUAGCUGUUGUUGCCUUACUCAACCUUGUCCUUGUGGCAAGUGAAGCCAUAACAUUAGAGCCAUGUGCCCUAGCACUGGAACUGACAUUCUGGAGGAUGUCUGGAUACCUUGGUUACACCCUAGCUGACUGGCUGUGCAUAGUGCACCAUGUAAGUGAUUUCAGCAUUCAACCUCCACUGUCAAAAACAGCUGAAAAAGCCUAUGGCAUAUUCGGCUUUAGCAAUAAAUACUGGUGCUCUGACGGUGUUCAGCCCUCAAGAAAUUACUGCAACAUUUCCUGUGAAAAAUUUCUUGAUGAUGACAUCCAGGAUGAUGUUCUCUGUGCCAGGAGAGUUUUGACCAGGAAUGAGGGAGCGCAGACCUGGCCACAGUGGGCUGAAAAGUGUCGUGGGAAAGAUCUUUCCAGUUACCUCAAGGACUGUAAACUCUGAGAUCCCACUUCUGGCUGGCAUUUUACCAUCAGAAUUGCUUGUAUUUUGUCCUGUACUUCUCUUGUUCAUUCUGCUUUUGAAUUUGGAUGCCUCUUAUAGUAGUAGUAGUAGUAGUAGUAGUAGUAGUAAUAAUAAUAAUAAUAAUAAUCAUCAUCUUUAUUUAUACCCACCCUAUCUCCCCGUGGGGACUCAGAGCAAUUACCGACAAGUAAAGGCAAACAUUCAAUGCCCAUAACAAAGAUAAUAAUCUUAAAAUUUAAACAAAAAUCACUAAUAAAUUAAUUUACAACACCUUACAUUGCAUUAAUUUUUUAUUUUAGUAUUCCACAGCCCUGCUGAACCAGUGAUCAGCUAAAUCCAAACAGCAUAUUGAUGACAGCCAUAGCUACAAAACAUGUGGCAGAGGAGAGAGAUAUCCUCUUAUAGCCCUACUGAUUUGUGAAUUUUAUCCUGUUGAAAAUAUUGGGACAAGUUUCCAUCACUAACUAGUCCCAUUACUUUAACACCACCCCAAAUGUUUGUCUCAUUCCUUUCCUCAAAAAUGAAAAUGUUAAUGAAACAGUUGAGGGAAACACCCCUUACUUUAGUAUGUUUGAAUUUUUUCUGCUGCUGUUUAUUUGAUUUCUCCAUUUGCAUAUUCAAUUAAAAGUUUAAGAAGUAA